AUGGACACAAUACGCUCUGCUGACAAUGAGGGCACCGAAAGCAGCCAAUUGUUAGCUUAUCAGCAACGAGAGAAGAAGCUUAAAUCAUUACGACAACAAGCAUUAAGAAGAAAUUCAAGAUUAUUCAAAUUGAAAAGGUCGAACGCGUUGUAUUUCUGUAAUUUGGUGGCUAUAUUUGUUUUGCAGGGUAUUGCUAUCUAUUUCUUCAAGCUUGGUUUCUUAUUGAGUAGAUCAGUGUUACCAAACACCUCGAACUAUGAGGACUUAUCCAAUGAAAUAUUACACGAGAUCCCCUUAAAAAGCAUAGAAUUCUAUCAUGACAAUUGGGGAAAUUCUGAUAUUUAUCCUUCAACACAUAGUAGUGUAUCAUCACGGAAUCUUUUUAAAAGAGAAAUUGAGAAUAGUCAUAAUGGUGGUGCUUGGAUACAACCAAAGUUUAAUAAAUCUAUACUCAUAGUGAUUGACGCCUUGAGAUUUGACUUCGUUAUACCGAUUAAUGAUUUUGAUCCUUCAUUCAACCCUAACUAUCACAACAACUUCCCGGUACUAUAUGAUAUGUCUGUUCAAUAUCCUGAAAACUCUCUCCUUUUCAAGUUCUUAGCUGAUCCUCCUACUACAACCUUACAAAGACUAAAGGGUUUGACCACAGGAUCCUUGCCGACAUUUAUUGAUGCUGGGAGUAAUUUUGAUGGCGAUGAAAUCAAUGAGGAUAAUCUAAUUUAUCAGUUUUCUCAAAGCGCGAAAAAGAAUGUCACUUUAAUUGGUGAUGAUACCUGGGAUAGCUUGUUCCGCCCAUAUUUGAACAAAAAUAUGUCAUGGCCUUACGAGUCCUUAAACGUGUGGGAUAUCCAUACUGUGGACAAUGGUGUUUUGGAACAUAUAUUUCCUCUUCUAGACCAAGAUAAUUAUCCCGCAUCUUCAAAUUGGCAAGUUAUUGUUGGUCAUUUUCUCGGUUUGGAUCAUGUAGGACAUAGGUACGGGCCAGAUAACUUUGAAAUGGUUAAUAAACAAAAACAAAUGAAUGAAGAAAUGACAAAACUAAUUGAUAGCAUUGAUGAUGAUACAUUAUUGGUUAUUAUGGGUGAUCAUGGAAUGGAUCAAACUGGUAAUCAUGGAGGGGACUCCAAACUAGAAUUGGAAAGCACUUUGUUCUUAUAUUCGAAAAAGCCAGUUUUUCCUGAAAUUGAGAAUGCUAGUUCCCAAGACCGGUAUAAUUUAGCAGAUUUAGAUUCAGAUUUCAAAACAAUCAAUCAGAUAGACUUUGUUCCUAGUUAUUCAAUGUUGUUGGGUAUUCCUAUCCCCUUUAAUAACCUUGGAAGACCUGUCAACGAAAUGCAUUCUGUUACAAAUUGUUAUGUUAGCUGUUCUAGUCCAACUUAUGAUUCAAGGAAAGUUGACCAUCUUCUCGAAUUAAUAAAGGUUAACUACUUGAAUAUCUUGAACCUUCAAAGAUAUAAAUUGGCAUUAAUAUCUAAUGAUGGUGGCUCAUCUCCUUUGGUUGAUCAAGAUCACUUUGCUAGAUUUUUGAAAAUAGUGAAAGAUGUUGAUAGUAUUGAUUCUAUUUUGGGUCAGUUUUCAGGGUAUUCUGGCGGAAUAGUGAUUGAUACAGAAGUUAAUGAAAUGACCUUGAGUGAAGAGAAUUUGCAGGAAGUGUUAGACUUUAUGAUUGAAUACCAAACAGACUCGCUCGAAAAAUUCAAGAACAUCUGGGCUAAAUUCAAUAAUCUUUUUAUUUAUAUUGGUAUAACUUUAUUAGCUUUCUCUCUUUUAAUUCUUGUUCUUCUUGCAAAGACAAUUCCGUCAAUAGUAUUCAAUCAGCUAAUAACAGAGUUCCUUUCAGUGAUCAUUUUGAUGAUUUUCUUUUGGUUAAUUGCACUUAAUGCGACAUAUUUUGUGCUUAAACCGGUGCUUGCUUCGUUAUCUUUUGAUGCUUUGACAAUAAACUUAUUAGGUAUGGCUACGGGUAUUAUAUCUGGUUUCCUUAUUAUUAUAUUUGAUAGAUAUAAUUUAUCCUGGUUGAUAAAACAAUUUCGCUUUUUCAUUAACGAUUAUGACUCUACGUGGUCUGCGAUUGCUUUGGUUUUUAUUGUGAUUGUUGAAGUUAUAACAUACAGUUCGAAUAGUUUCCUUAUAUUUCAAGAUUCCAUUAUCAACUUCUUAUUGAUUAAUUAUGGGAUAUAUAAUUUAUACGUCUUUAUCAAGAAGUACUUAUUGUUAGCAACUGAAAAGAAGAAUAAGGGGAAAUCAAGUGGAGGUGAAGGAAAAGAAACCUUAGUAGAUGUGCAAUCUGAGAAAUUUAAAAUCAUUCAAGGUGUUAUUCACUCAAUCUCAUUCGUGAUUAUUCAGAAGCUCAAUUCAUUGAUUAGGACAUGCCGUGAAGAACAGUUAAAUCACUGUCCAAAAUUGAUAACAGUAACCCAUGGUAACUCUGCAUGUCAGACUACAAAUAACUUCACAUUGACAUCACUAGUUUUACUUUUUUUAGUUUCUUUGAUCUUCCCUAAUAUCUUGAGACAUUUCAUGAAUUUGAAUGGGAUUGAUUCGUAUCAGAACUCGGCACAAGUAUGGAUAGGGAAGCUCUUGAGAAGUGUGUUGCUUGCCAACUGUGUCUAUUGGUUAUUGGAUUACAUUGAAUUUCAUCCUGAUUUCAACAACAGAUUCUUCAAGGUUUCCUUUGAUUCCAUAAAAAGUGCAAAGCUAACGAUUGCAAGAUGUGUCAUUGGUGUCUGUUUAAUUGCUGGUAACUUCAUCUGGUCUAAAGGCCCUUUGUGUAUCAAAUUAGUUUAUCCAGAUGAAUCAAACGAGAAUGAUAUUCCAGAAAAUGAUCUUUAUUUCGAGGAUGAUGUCACCCCUAAUGAAACAAGAAUUAUUGGUUUGAACAACAUAUAUGGAUCUUCCUACUUAUUACUCAUCUUGAACUUUCUUGGGGCAAUCAUCAUUACCAACAAACCAUAUUCGUCAAUAUCUUUAAUGCUACUCGUCUACCAAAUCUUCAACACCCUCGAAAUUUUGGACAUUUUAGGUUUGAGAAGCAACAUGAUCGGUCCUAUCAUCUUCAACUUGCUUGGAUACAGUUUCUUCUAUUCUACUAAUCAUCAAAUAACAAUUAGUUCCAUCAAGUGGGAAUUGGCUUUCCAACUAUCUGAUUCAGUUACAUUCCCCCUUUCACACAUUCCUAUUUUACUAAACUCAUUCGGUCCUUUUAUAAUUGUGUCAUUGUCGGUUAUUCUCAUCACUAUAUGGAAGAUUCCACCAAACUUGAAACCAAUAAGUCUCUUAUCAAAGAUUAUCGUCAAUUGUUUGACGCUAUUAAUGUCACAAACAAUCAUCACAUUAAGCAGUUUGUUUUUCACUAACUGGUUUAAAAGGCAUUUAAUGGUGUGGAAGAUUUUUGUUCCUUGCUUUUUGUUCAACUCUUUGAUCCUAUUGGUAAUUAAUUUCGUCAUAAUUUUAGUUGGGUUUUUCUUUGGUGUCACAAAAUUAAUUCACCAGAUAAACAGGAUAUUUGGAAAAUGA